GCAUGCUCUUUGACAUAUAUGAAGGUCAGAUCACAGCAAUUUUGGGUCACAGUGGAGCUGGCAAAUCUUCACUCCUAAACAUCCUUAAUGGAUUGUCUGUUCCAACAGAAGGAUCAGUUACCAUCUAUAAUAAAAACCUCUCUGAAAUGCAAGACUUGGAGGAAAUCAGAAAAAUAACUGGUGUUUGUCCUCAAAAUAAUGUUCAAAUCGACAUGCUCACUGUGAAGGAAAACCUCAGCCUGUUUGCUAAGAUAAAAGGGAUUCGACCACAGGAAGUGGAACAAGAGGUACAACAAAUUUUAUUGGAAUUGGACAUGCAAAAUAUUCAGGAUAAUCUUGCUAUACAUUUAAGUGACGGACAGAAAAGAAUGCUGACCUUUGGGAUUGCCAUUUUAGGAGAUCCUCAAGUUUUGCUUUUAGAUGAACCAACUGCUGGAUUAGAUCCCUUUUCAAGGCACCAAGUGUGGACUUUCCUGAAGGAACGUAGAGCGAAUCAUGUGAUCCUCUUCAGUACCCAGUCCAUGGAGGAGGCUGACAUUCUAGCUGAUAGAAAAGUGAUCAUGUCCAAUGGGGAACUGAAGUGUGCAGGAUCUUCUGUCUUUUUAAAGAGAAAAUGGGGUCUUGGAUAUCACUUAAGUUUGUAUAAGAACGAGAUAAGUGAUCCAGAACAAAUCACAUCUUUCAUUAAUCAUCAUAUCUCUGAUGCUAAAUUAAAACUAGAAAACAAAGAAAAACUUGUAUUUACUUUGCCUUUGGAAAGCACAAGUAAAUUUCCAGACCUUUUCAGUGAUAUUGAUAAGUGUUCUGGCCAGGGUAGGAUGAGUUAUGACAUCUCCAUGUCAACUCUGAAUGAGGUCUUCAUGAACCUGGAACGAAAACCAGCGAUCAGACAAGAUUUUGAACAAACAGACAAGAUAAGAGACUCAGAAAGCCCAAGUGAAAUGGAUCCAGCUUGCUCUUCUCUCCCUGAAGUACACAAGAAUGUGAGCGACAUGGGCCUCUGGAGAAUGCAAGUCUGUGCGAUAGCCCGGCUCCGUUUUUUAAAGCUGAAACGUGGAAGAAAAACACUUUUGACCCUGCUAUUGGUUUUUGGAAUUGCACUGUUUCCUUCGAUUAUGGAAAGGAUAGCAAAUUCUAUGAUAAAUGAAAGUGCAAACUGGGAGUUUAAAACAGAAUUAUAUUUCCUCUCUUCUGGACAACUUCCUCAGGAACCUCGUACCAGCCUCUUGAUCAUCAAUAACACAGAAUCAAAUAUUGAAGAUUUUAUACAGUCUUUGAAGCAUCAAAAUAUACUUUUGGAAGUAGAUGACUUUGAAAACAGAAAUGGCACUGAAGGCCUCUCAUACAAUGGCGCUAUCAUAGUUUCUGGUAAACAAAAGGAUUAUAGAUUUUCAAUCGUGUGUAAUACCAAGAGGCUGCAUUGUUUUCCUAUCCUCAUGAAUAUUAUCAGCAAUGGGCUACUUUGGAUGCUUAAUCAUACACAAUAUAUUCGAAUUGAGAGAAGUCCAUUUAAUCUGAACCAUCUGUACAUCUGGACUGGGUUGCCGGAUGGUUCUCCAUUCAUGUUUUUUGUUGUGUGCUGCCUUUCUCCUUACAUCGCCAUGAGCAGUGUCACUGAUCACAAAAAGAAAGCUAGUUCUCAGCUAUGGAUUUCAGGCCUCUACCCCUCUGCUUACUGGUGUGGACAGGCAGUGGUGGAUGUUAACCUCUUCAAUUUAAUUCUCCUUUUAAUGUAUUUAAUCAUCUGCAUAACAAACAAAAUGGGCAUUUCUGUUACAAGUCAAGGUAUAUUUGCUAUGGUUGUUGUAUCACUUGGUUAUUCAGCUUCUCUUAUCUUCCUGACAUAUGUGAUAUCAUUUAUUUUUCGUAAGAGGAGAAAAAACAGUGGCCUCUGGUCAUUUUGCUUCUAUGUUGUCUUGACUGUCAUGCCUUACAUCAUUUUAGUCAGUGACUUCAACAUAACUGUGAUCAUUGUCAGCAUGGUAUUACUUCCAUCAUCUACUUUGGAAGUAUUUCUACUCUUCCUGUCAAAGAGAGCACAGGAAUACCAUGAAGAAUUUCAAGAAUUCAAAUUUCACCUGAGUGCUGUUGAUCUUCUAGUGUGCCUAAUACCUUAUGUCCAGGCUUUGCUAUUGGUGUUUAUUCUAAGAUGCAUGGAACUAAAAUGUGGACAGAAAGUAAUACGAAAAGAUCCUGUUUUCAGAAUCUCCCCACAAAUUCAAAAUGUUCCACUUAAUCCAGAAAUACAUGUAGAUGAAGAUGAAGAUGAAGAUGUUCAAGCAGAAAGAAUGAGAGCAUCAAGUGCCCUGACCACUUCAAACGUAAAUGAGAAUCCAGUCAUAAUUGCCAGCUGUCUACACAAAGAGUAUGCAGGCCAGAGGAAAAGUUGCUUUUCAAAGAGGAAGAAGAAAAUAGCAGCAAGAAAUAUAUCUUUCUGUGUGAAAAAAGGUGAAGUUUUGGGAUUGCUAGGACCCAAUGGUGCUGGUAAAAGUUCUUCUAUUAGGAUGAUAGCUGGGAUCACAAAGCCAACAGCAGGACAGGUACUGAGAAGCAAAGAAAUGCCUUCCAAUCCCAGCACAGAAAUUUCAUGAUCAAUAUAGGUUAUAUCAUUGUGGAACUGAGAGUUGGGGAAUGCAAGUCAUUUCUGGGUCAGCAGGGAGAUGGCAUGGUCAAGUUCCUGGGGUACUGUCCUCAGGAGAAUGUGCUGUGGCCCACCCUGACAAUGAAGGAACACCUGGAGGUGUAUGCCACUGUGAAAGGGCUGCAGAAAGAGGACGCUGCCAUUGUGAUUUCACGACUAGUGAAUGCUUUCAACCUGUAUGAGCAGCUAAAUGUUCCAGUGCAGAAAUUAGCAUCAGGAACCACCAAAAAGCUAUGUUUUGUGCUGAGCAUCCUGGGAAAUUCACCCAUCUUGCUUCUGGAUGAACCCUCUACAGGCAUAGAUCCAACAGGGCAGCAACAG